ACACACACACACACACCACCGCCUCAUAGCUUUCAGCGGCUGCUUCAGUCACUGUCACACAGGGAGACACUGCUACACUGUCAGCCUCUCCACACACACACCACCGAGAUCCGGGAGCCGCUCCACACCGAGGACCGACACACGGAAAAGUAUCCUGUCUGCGGAGGGACGCAGGGCGGCUGCUGGAGCUGGUGCCGGAGCAGAGCAGAUUUUUCAAGGUGUUAGCUUUACUUUAACAGGCUUCUUCACCCGGCACCUCACCGCCGGACUGACAACAGCUGCUCACGGACCGAGAGCUGAGAGGAAAGCGACUUUCUUCCGUCAGAAGAUGGCUUCAACCGACUCGCGGCUCCAGCAGCAGCCCUCCCAGAAGGAUGCGGCCGACCAGAACUUUGACUACAUGUUCAAGCUGCUGAUCAUUGGCAACAGUAGCGUGGGAAAAACCUCCUUCUUGUUUCGCUACGCAGAUGACUCCUUCACCUCCGCCUUCGUCAGCACUGUGGGCAUCGACUUCAAGGUCAAGACUGUCUUCCGCAAUGACAAGAGGAUCAAGUUGCAGAUCUGGGAUACAGCAGGACAGGAGCGCUACCGCACCAUCACCACAGCCUACUACAGAGGAGCCAUGGGCUUCCUGCUCAUGUAUGACAUCACCAACCAGGACUCCUUCAACGCCGUUCAGGACUGGGCGACGCAGAUCAAGACGUACUCGUGGGACAAUGCUCAGGUGAUCCUGGUCGGUAACAAGUGUGACCUGGAGGACGACAGGCUCGUACCCACAGAGGACGGCCAGCGGCUGGCAGAGGAUCUCGGUUUCCAGUUCUUCGAGGCCAGCGCGAAGGACAACAUCAACGUGAAGCAGGUGUUUGAGCGUCUAGUGGACGUCAUCUGUGAGAAGAUGAACGAGAGCAUGGAGGGAGACAUGAACCUCGUACCCAACCACAGGAACCAGGCCCUUAAGGACUCACCUUCAGAGAGCCACGGGGGCUGUGCUUGCUAAACCAUCUGCCCUCACACCGGCUCCCCCAACACACACACACACUCACACACACUGAUACUCAUACAUGAAGACCUUCCUUCUCUGUGCCUCAACCAUGUAAAGUGCCGCACCUCUUCCUCUCUCGUCACUGCCACUCCGCUUUGUCCACACAGCCCAGCAUGAACCGAAGGGCAGCUAGCUGAGAUAAUCUUCAUCAGUGCUGUCAGACCCCUCUCCUCCCUAGGCCUGUCUGUCUGUCAGGCUUUUACCUUAAAGAGGCCCACUUCCUGUCUCCACUCUGUGGUGAGCUGAUAGUCCACUAAAACCUGCCCUGUGUUCUGUCCACCCCCGACAUCACCCGCCUUGACCACUGCUGCUACAUGAGCGUUUUAAAGUCAGAUAUUUGUGCAGAUAGCUCGAAGCUAGUGAUGCCAAAUAGUGUCUGUAGACGGCUGUACUUUUAGCAUCCAUUGUUUUGUUUGAGAUUCAUACAGCACAUGUGCUUAGGUUGCAGUUUUAUACAGCACACUGGAAAUGAUGUACGUCUCAAAAAAGGGCAUAUUGAGCUAUGUGAGGAUUAAAGGAACAGAUCCACAUUUUGGGAAAUAGGCUUAUUUGCUAUCUUGUUGCUAUCUUGAUACGACUCUCAUGUCUGUGUGCUAGAAUUGAAGCUACAGCUAGCAGCUGGUUAGCCUAGCUUUGCAUGAAGACUGUUUUUUUUGUUUGGAUUAACAAACAAAGUCAUCCAUUUCCAUUUUGGUACCUUUGGAGCACGGUGGUUAGCAUUGUCGCUUCACAGCAAGAGGGUCCUCUGUGCAGAGUUUGCAUGUUCUCCCUGUGUCAGUGUGGGUUUCCUCCAGGUGCUCCAGCUUCCUCCCACAGUCCAAAGACAUGCAGGUUAAUUGGUGACUCUAAAUUGUCCGUAGGUGUGAAUGUGAGUGUGAAUGGUUGUCUGUCUCUAUGUGUCAGCCCUGUGAUAGUCUGGUGCCCUGUCCAGGGUGAACCCCGCCCUGUUUCCAGUCUUUACGCUAAGCUAAGCUAAGCUAAGCUAAGCUAAGCUAAUCGCCUUUAGCUUCAUAUUUGCUGUACAGAUGUGAGAGCGGUAUCAAUCUUUAAAAUAAAUCAGAUUUUAUGUUGAGUACACUCAGAAUUUAAGUUUUCUCUUUCUUUAAAGGAAUAGUUCACCUGCAAAAUGACCAUUUGUAUAUCAGUGACUCACGUGUGUUACCGUGAAUUUGCGAAGACAGCUUUUCUCACAUGCCUCCACGGUGAGCAGAGAAUCCUAAAAACGGCAAACAUCCUUCAUGAAUUGAAGUAAACGUGUACUGCGUUUAGCAACAAACAUAUAUCACACAGCAUGUGUACAACAAUCAAAGUCUCAUUUAUCCAGUUAUAUGCUGAGUACUUACCAAACACAUUCAGGUCUGUCUGGGCAGAGUUCAAACCAAGCAGCAGCCUCUGGGGCUGAAAAAUGAAGCCAACAUGGAAGUGUCAAAAACUGCAGUUGUCUGAACGGCCGAUUGAGGCUGGCUCCAAAAGCAUGUCAAUCCCAACAGACCCCCAUGUUAAGAUAUCCAACUUUACAGCAGAAAUAAAUGUUUAGAGCCUGGCAAAAAACACUUUGGGGGUGCCCAGUAGCUCAGCUGGGAGAACAGGCGUACAUGUGUAAAGACCAUGUCCUUGCUGCAGUGGCUGCAGGCUCAAUCCAACCUUUUGGUCUCUGCAGCUAAUUUCAACAUUCAUGACAACUGUACAAGGGGCUUUUUUAAUAGGGCUUUUUGCCUUUAAUUGAAAUCACAGUUGUUAGCAUCAAAGGGGGAAAGAGGGGGAACGACAUGCAGCAAAGGGCGACAGGUUGGAGCCAAACCCGCGGCAAGGGCAAGGCCUUUGUACACAGGCCACCUGCUACACCAGGUGAGCCCCAGGGAGAUCAUUUUUAUAUAACUCACCUGUUUACACUUUAUUCAGGCUUCGGUUGUCUGUCAAUAGUGUCCUCGGUUCCUCCACAGCUCCACCCUCUCAUCCAAAUAUGGUCUCUUCUGGCUCCAAAACACCAACAUGGCGACCGCUAAAAUGCCAAACUUGAUGCUUCAAAACAGGAGUCCACAAACCAACGGGUGAUGUCACAAAAGCUAGUAAUAGUUUGUAAUGAUGUGUUUACAAAGUCUCUGCAGCUCAUGCAGUAUAACCCAAGUCUCAUGUAACCAGUCAUAUACUCAGCACUUCCCAAAACAAAAAUAUAUUUUGCAAACGGAUGGUUUUGCUGGUGUUAAACACGGUCCCCCAUUGACUUCAAUUCAUGAAGAAUGUUUGCUUUUUUUGGAUUCUUUGUUCAUCGUGGAGACGUGUGAGAAAAACAGAGUUAUCUUCACAAAUUCGAGGUAACUUUGCAGCGAACAAUUGAAACACAAAUGCUGACUUUGCAGGAGAAGUGUUCUUCUAAAUAUGGACGUGUCAGUGCAGUGAAGCUAAGGAAAAUAAAUAUAUUCGUUAAUGUUGUUUUUCGGGUUAAAGUCAUUAUCAGGUGCUGAUGAUUCGACACUGUAUCCACCCGAGAUGAUUUCUCUGUUGUGAGAUGUGAGGUCAGUUAUGAAAAGCAUAAACAAUGAUGAAGAGAACCUACCACGUGUCAUUGUGAACCUCAUCUUUACCUGAAUGUUAAUGCCAGUCUUGUGGUGCCCUUCGCCUCCCUCAGCGCCUCUCGGAGGCUGCUGAAGCCUUUUCUCGUGCACUCAUAGUGAGACACCUGGAGGGCAGUGGCGGUAAAUAUCAUUUAACACUGGUGACUCUUGUACUCAUCACAUGACCUGACCUCAUGGCAUGUCCUCGCUCAACCCCUUUGUGCCACUCUUUCUUUAUCGCCUUCUCACACACACACACAACACACACACUCACACACGGCUCCUCUAACUGCAGCAUGGCAAAAGACUUGGCAUGGCAAACCUACUAUGCUUCAUAACUGAGUAUUUACAAAGUGGUGAAUUAUGUUUUUUUCUUGUUACUGACAUAAUGACUGUUUUGUGGAAAUGCAGCACAGUGUAUGUGUGUGUGCGUGUGUGUGUGUACGUGUGUGUGUACUCAGAAAGGGAAGAACACUGAUCUCUGAGCAGGAUAAAUGUCGGGCCUCAAAUGUGCUGUAGCCACUAUCAGGAGAAGCAGUGAGCUGGUGCACAAUGUUAGUUAAAAGGGUCACUUUAUUUGCCUUUACUGUAAUGUCUCAUCUCGUCAUUGAAGUGAAUGGAAAGAGGUUUUAUCUUCUCCACAUUAUGCUGUAUUCGCCAUCAGCUACCUGUACAUUAAAACGCUUUUUUGCUCCUUUACAUAUUGUAACAUGUCAGUAUUGACCUCCCUCUGCUGAAAACCUCUGAUUCAUGAAAUUGAAAUACAAAGACUUUAGAUUGCACCAUAAAUCAGGAAUAGAAAAAAAGUAACAGUGCCAUUUGUCCAUCCCUGUCCAUGUGCAGACUACUGACUGUCAGUUAGUAUCAACCGUAACCUCUGCACCGUGAUAGCAGCCUCAUGUUGCCAUGGCAAAGCCCGUCGUUGGGUCACAACUGCACAACUGGUGCUUCGGCCCUGUUGUUGUAUGAGCCUGUGGUCCGUUAUCUCUGCUGCCAGUGUGCGCUGCUGAGUAGUGAUAUAGUUUUAGAUCACCCCCCCCCAAUCAAACAUACAUAUUUUCCCUCUUACCUGUGGUGCUGUUUAUCAGUCUAGAUUGUUUUGAUGUGCAGAGUGUUGGAGAUAUCAGCCGUAGAGAUGAAAGUGAAAUUGCUCAAAUGUGGGGUGGUUUUUUUAGCACCACAAAGCGAGAGCAGGCAGACAUCUGUGAUACACCGACACAUUCUCACUCUGACCUUGUCGCACAUUGACGUUUGGUCAUGGACUUUCCACCUCGAGAGAUACAACCUGCAAGGUACCCUGAGUGCGUUGGUUGUUGACGUUCUGGGACACCGUGUCAAGGUCUCUUCUUUCAACAUACACUUCUACGUUCACAGGAACUUUAAUGUUUACUUACAGUCUUUUUCAAAAUAAACGCACUACGUCAGUACAACACCGUGAAUUGACUUUUUUUUUCCUUCAACACAAACCCUCACCAUGCUGGCUGUGUUUACAACAUAGGACUGUUGGGGCGGAUGUAAAUUGAAACAAACCAAUCACGUCUUGUCCUUUGACAACUGACAAGUGGCUCAACCUCACACACCUCAUCCCUCUCCUCGCAUUACUGCGCCGCUAACAGCGGCUAACAGCCAACAGCGGCGCUGGCCUGUGAUUGCAUUACCAUUCUCCCUCAGCAGCUCUCUCUACCUGGGAAAGGCUACCCCGAUGUGGGCCUUCGUUUUUUUAAUUCGCCGGUCACGCUGCCUUUUUGAUUCCCUUUUGCGCUUUCUUGGCGACAAGGAUUCUGUCUCCCAUGAUGCUGCAUAUGCAUGAUCCUGCAUUAUGCUAAAAGAGUGGGACUUUGUUUCAAAUUUGCCAGGGUAGUAGCGAAGCGCCUCUUGCUCCUCUCCUUCGGCUCCUCAGUCACGCAGUGCUGGCCUGGCUCUCAACGAAAACGCCGAAGGCGGUGCUGUAUGUCCCUUGCUGGCAAGUGUAUUCUCAAGAUGGCGAAACGUAAUGGACAAACAAACAAAUCCGAAAUUCUCCUUUUACGAGAAUAAGUCAGAUUAUUGGUGGAGGUAAUAGUACACCAGUGAUGACAUAUUUAUGAAUGCAGACAUCAAUUUUUGCCAAUAAACAACUGAAAAUGUUACACAAUGUCCCUUUAAAGCAGCCUUUUUCGUUGCUGCAAGUCACUGCCCAAGCACUGGAUUUUGACGACAACAUAGUGAGACCGAGCUCUACACUCGGCUACUCGCACCAAAACAAUCUCAACUGAUCAAUAGCGCUACAGGCAGGAGUAAAAUUAUGUGUUUUUGAUUUGGGGUGAACUGUUCCUUUAAGCUUUGAUGCAGUUAGCAUGAGGAGGCUGUGUGCAACACUCAUAACACUACAUUUGUAUUUCAACAUAUGUGCAGGUUAAAUGCAAUCACAGAGUGUAUAAUAUCUGUGGUAGUUCCACUGAAGGAGCUUCAUGGCGGCUGCUGCUUGAACACAUACUGAAUGUGCUAACCUGUCUGCUGAUACUGAAUUUUUAACCACCGAAACUACUGACGCUUUGGUACAAAUAAGUCUGGAGCAUCCGGAGCUGUUAGUCUGGGGUGUGUUCUGUCUCUCCUUCUUAUGUUUAUGAUUUAUAUGUUGUGCUGAAUUCCUGAUCGGUCGCCUUCUGAAAGAGGGGAGCUCAGCUCACUGGAUCCCUUUAUUUUAGGUGCUGAAUGUGUUGGAUGGAAGCGUUGUGGGGAAAAAAUGCAUCUUAUAAACAAGAAUAAAUUGAGUAUGUUGAAAUGUGUACAUGGAAAUAAAGAAUAUAUUCAUUACAAA